GCGCUGCCCGAGCUCGGAGCUCGCCAUGGCGGGGGCGCGAGGGCUGCUCGGGCUGUGGCUCGGCUGCUUCUGCGUGAGCCUGGCGCGGGGCGAAACCCCGGAGCGGCGCCUCCCAGAGCUCCACGGAGCCGCACCCGCAGAGCGCCCGGCAGGUGGUGGCGCGAGCCCAGAGCUGCCGCCGCACGACCAGGUGUCUGAGCACAUGCUGCGGCUCUAUGACAGGUACCGCGGCGGCGGCGGGGUCUCCGCGCCGAGGACGCCCGGCUCCCGAGAGCGGGGCUCGCGGCCCCGGCGCCCCCAGCACGCGCGCAAAGGCAACACGGUCCGCAGCUUCCGGGCGGGAGCAGCAGGAACCCUUGAAGGCAAGGGACUGCAUAUUUUUAAUAUGACUUCUCUAACCAAGUCUGAAAACAUUUUGUCUGCCACACUGUAUUUCAAUAUUGGAGAGCUAGUGAACAUCAGCCUGAGUUGUCCAGUGUCCCAAGGAUGCGCUCAUCAUGUGCAGGGGAAGCACAUUCAGCUUGAUCUUUCUGCAUGGAUCCUCAAUUCCACCCCAAACCAAAGUCAACUGCUAGGUCAUCUGUCAGUAGAUGUAGCCAGACCUCAUGGAGAUGUGGCAUCCUGGCUAUCUAAAGACAUCACUCAGCUUUUGAGGAAAGCCAAGGAAAAUGAUGACUUCCUCAUAGGAUUUAACAUAACAUCCAGAGCACACCAGUUGCCAAAGAGGAUGUUACCUUUUCUGGAGCCUUAUAUCUUGGUGUACGCUAAUGAUGCUGCCAUCUCUGAGCCGGAAAGUGUGGUGUCAAGCUUCCAGGCACACCGGAAUUUCCCCACUGGAGCUGUGCCCAAACUGGACAGCCACAUCAGAGCUGCCCUGUCCAUCGAACGGAGGAAGAAGCGCUCUACAGGGGUCUUGUUGCCUCUGCAAAACAAUGAGCUCCCUGGGGCAGAGUACCAGUACAAGGAGGAUGGGGUAUGGGAGGAGAGAAAGCCUUACAAGAGCCUGCAGACACAGCCCACUGAAAAGAGCAAGAACAAAAAGAAACAGAGGAAAGGACCUCACCAAAAGAGCCAGACUCUCCAAUUUGAUGAGCAGACCCUGAAGAAGGCAAGAAGAAAGCAGUGGAUUGAACCUCGGAACUGUGCCAGGAGAUACCUUAAAGUAGAUUUUGCAGAUAUUGGUUGGAGUGAAUGGAUUAUCUCCCCCAAGUCUUUUGAUGCUUAUUAUUGCUCCGGAGCGUGCCAGUUCCCCAUGCCAAAGUCUUUGAAGCCAUCAAACCAUGCAACCAUCCAGAGCAUAGUGAGAGCAGUGGGGGUCAUUCCUGGGAUUCCAGAGCCUUGCUGUGUGCCAGAGAAGAUGUCCUCACUCAGCAUCUUAUUCUUCGAUGAAAAUAAGAAUGUAGUGCUCAAAGUCUACCCUAACAUGACAGUGGAGUCCUGUGCCUGCAGAUAACCUGGCAAAGAAUUUGUUUUGAUGUUUAAUUCAAUCAGUUUAUUUUUUACAGAUCUUUUUUAUUUUGCACUGCCAAUGCAUUGUGUUCCAAACGAAAUUUUUAAUAGUCAAAAGAGUAUAUGAGAAUAGCCUGAUGAUUUCCAGGAGGCAGAACUGAACUGUAUUUGUUUUUGAAUGUAACUAAAGGCAAGAUUUUAGUAAAUAUGGACACCUAUCUCUCUUUUUUUAAUCAUACAAAAAAUUAGCAAAUUGUUUUUAGAACUCUUAGAGAACACACUGAUUUAUUUUUGUAAUGGGUCUUAAAAAUCUGUUGGAAAAACAGCAAUAGCUUAUUUAUCUCUGCUGGUCUAGGGACGAUGGGAAAUAGUAAUUUCAUAUUUUAAGUAGGAUUAUCGCUUUAGGUUCCAGAGCAACUUAGCAAGUGCUAAAUAACCCAGUUGAUUUUAUGUUUAAUUAUCUUCAGUGUUCUGAGACUUGUUUACCCUUGGUUUGCUUCAUAAGACAUUGUGUAAGUUGAGUGAGUGUGUGUGUGUGUGUGUGUGUUUUCACGUCAGGUGCCUGUGCCCCCUGUAAGGUUUACAUAAUAUGCUUCUAUAACUAAGUAUACAUAGGUUUCUUUUUCUUUUAAUUUCAUGUUUUAGAAAGUACUAUUCAAUUACUGAAAACGAUAAAAACAUCCAAGAGCAUACACGGAGUUACCACUGAACCCAACCAUUUCACUAGAAAUACAGUUGUUUUUGUUUCACUGUGUCCCAGAAAAGAGAAUCACCAACUCAGUUUUUGAAAAUCAAAUGCAGUUCCUCUUCUGUACUUUCUUUCACAAAUAUUCGCAUUUGUUCUCUAAAUUGAAUUCCAAAAUCUUUCUUGAAGCCAUUGUGUUUUUCCCCCAUUUCCAUUUGUCAUAAUUAUCUCCUCUACAUUUUUGCCCUUGAAAAGUGUUUCAAAAAUCUUUCACUCACUGUAUUUACUUGAGAAACAGAAGUGAUUUCAGGCUAUCAGUGGUUGCAAACGGUGGAUCUGUAGUUAGUCCUCAUUUUAGUUCAGUCUGACCUGGUAAUUAGAAAUAACUCAGCCUGUUCUGAGACUGCAGAAUCAGAAGAAAUGGGGCUUUAUUCCCUCUCUGCAUGUAGCUCUCUAUGGUGGCUUAGUCAUCUUUUAAAAAUUUGCUAAGCAUCUAUUUUUUGAAAGGCACUGCAUGAACUGUAUGCUCUAAGUGUCCUGCCUGGUAAAAUGAAGGGCUGACCACUUGAGCGGGUCAGCCCUUUAGGCACAGAAGUGUUGGGUUUCUAUUAUGAGCUGUUUAGUACACAUCUUCCUUGAAGGGGUGAGAGUGUUAGGUGUAAAACCCUGCAAGUGUCUCUGUUCCUAAGCCAGAUUCAGGAGUAUCCAUACUUUAAUGUUAGUAAAUGAGUGUGGCAUUCUCUGUGGUCUAAGUGGUAUUUUAUUGGAAACCUAUUUUAAAAAGAUUGCCAUGAAAAGAGGCUCUUUGCCAUUUUUGAAUUACACUCGCAUUGGUGUGAGCGUGUGUUAGCUCUGAAUGAGACCCACCAGGUCUCAAAAAUGACUUAAAUUCAGUUGCCUAAGUUACUUAUUUUCCUCCAGUUCAUUUUUGUUCUGUUAGCAUAAAGUUAAAGAUUCAAACUGAGAUGAGGGGUGAAAUUAAUUUUUAGUACAGUUUCUCACAAAUCUGAGAGCCAAAUUUAAAAGGAAAAGGCCGGAGUAUGGCUACCAUAUCCUAGUCAUGCUGUCUUUCGAGAAAGAAAAUUUCUUGUUCCUUGGUAGAUCUGAUUAAAUUCUUAAUUUAGUUUUUCCUAGAGAUGUUUUGGCAGUUCUUAGUAUCCUGUCUCAGCCUUUUGUAUGGAAAUAAAUGUCUUUUACCAUUCUUAAUAUGAACCAGUGACUACUUACUAUAAAUUAAAUCCUGCAAUGGAAAAAAAAUCCUCUAAUAAAAAUUUCCAAGUACAAACUAAUUGAGAUUUAUUUUUACUAGCACUUGAUAUGAUGAAUUUACUACACAAGGACAAAGCUUGUGCAAUGGAAAUACAUCUUGCCAGUAUUUUCUGGGUGAUCUUCUAACCCUCAUUUCAACCUCUACUGAAUUGAGAAAAUAGAGUUGUAUAAAUGGAAAAAGUUUUAUUCCAAAGAAUAAAGAAAGUAGUGAAGGUUGAAGCAAAUGAACUGACAAUUUAAUUAAUAAAAACUUACUUAAAAUAGAAAAUUAAAUAUAUGCCUGUUUCUCAAUUUAUUAGGUACUAAUUUUCAUAUAAUUCCUACAUAUAUAUCUUUUUAUAUAUUUCUUGAUACUAAAUUGGCAUUGGUAAGACGAGAUAGUACAUGUAUAAAUGCCAUUUUCUAAAUCAUACAAGUUCCCACUCCUACACUCCCCCAGCCAUUCCCCAAUGUGGGAUUCACACACACACACACACACACACACACACACACAUACACACACACAGACACACACAUCACAUCACUUAAGAAGGGAGUUCCUUUUUCAGUACCUGUUCUCUGCAUCUCAAGGGACUGCUAAUGUCAAUACAGUAUUUUAAGAAUACUUUGUUAUAACCAGUGUAAAUAAUCUACAAUUUACAGGAUUUGAGAUGUAGAAAUUAAACUGGAAGAUUGAAUUCCUCAGCUUUUGGAUCUACAGUAUUCCGGGUUGAUUUUUAUAUUCACCUAGUUAUAUAUUAACAGAUGGUCACUUAUUAAGAUAAGAUUUUGUAUUUCAUAUUUAUGUAUGAAACUUAUUGCCCAUGUAAUACUUUCAUAGGCAAUCAUACAUGAGUAAUACUAUCAUCAGUUGGACUUACACAGUUUUUUAUGUAAUUACAUUAUUCAUUCAGCUUAGGUUUGCUGCUUUCACUUUUCUCUGCUAAAAAUUAACUAAUGUUUGGACAUUGAUUUCUGGUUGAUUGAAAAUAGUUAGGCACAUCUGAUGCGUAAGAUAAAAUAAGCAAUUAUAAGAGAUGCUGGAUAAGUCUGACUAUAGUUUUUCUUCACCUGAGAAUAGUAUUUUAAUGUAGCUCAUAAUUGAUAAAAUGAUUCCUUUUCUAAAAUCUAAGACCUCCCUAGAACCUUUCACACUAGCUUCUGUAAAUGUGUUAGUUGACAAUUUAAAGCUUGUACAGUGAAUGGCAAUUAUAAAUAUAUAUAUUAUAUAUGUAUAUGGAAAAACUUUAAAGAUGCUUUAAUUUAUUUAAUAACUGCUGCCUUCCUGUAAUAAUUUUCAUUCUUAGAAAGUGAGAAAAAACUUUUUUUUACUAUAGUUCCUAAUGCAAAAUGAAAUUUGGUUUUGUAUUAAAAUCCAUUGAAAGAGUGUAUCACAGUGAAACUGUGACUAACAUUUCACUACUGAUGUAUUAAGCUUUGCUGACUUUGUAUCACUUUCCUCCAGUAAUGAAGAGCUUUUCAUUAUACUGUAUGGAAAUAAAGAUUGUUUAAUUAAA